AUGGCGUCCGAAGAUGGGAUCUCGGUCCGCCAGAUGAGACUCAAGGUCCUUUACACAUUCGACAGCGAGAACAAAACAAAUUGUCUGGCUCGAUGGCCCCACCUCAUCGACAUCCAAACAGCUUUUAUAGAUGAGGAGACCCAGGUCGGGGUCAUUGAGCUGAAGACGUGUAUACAGGCUAUUGUUUCUGCUAGCCCGGAGUUAGUUGCUAGGCUUGGUCGAGAUUAUACGAUUUACGCAUAUGAUUAUUCUGAGUAUGAGACGCCGUUGGUUGGGCAGGGAAUGCUCUCGUGGGUAUUGGCUUCUGCCUCACCGACUCCUGAUGCCCCGGCACAUCAGUCGAAAACGAUGGUUACUGGGCGUGUUUGCAAGAAUGUUUUUGGCCUUUUCUCGAAAGGAGGACAAGAAACCCUCGAAGUCAAACUGCGACUCGUCCCUGUCCCAACAAUCUACCAGAACGAAUACCUUAACAGCAUGCAUAAGUAUCGGGAGUCGAGCCAUGCAAUUCCACAAGAGUUUGAUGCUCAAUCUUGGGCAAACUUUGUUCAAUCCAAUCCUGGCCUCCUAGCCUCAGGUGGCUCCGGUUCUGCCCCGCCUCCUUCAGACAAUGCGCUGUCGCCAGUGGACAGAUCCGGAAUUGAUCGACUCCACCAGAUGCUGAGCGAAGGCUCAACUCCAAGAGACUUUUCGAAUAUUGCCACUACAGAACCUGUUCGUGCCGAAUCUCCUGCUCGUUCAACUCGCGCUACACCAAGUCGAACUUCUACUCCUGGCCUAACAAGGACCGAUAGCCAACAUCAAAAGAGACCUUCUGGGGAUGCAUUUCGUCCAUUUUCACGAGCAUCUGGCUAUGAUACGGACUCUCGUCGACGGCCACCUCCUUGUCGGCGAGAUUCAACUUUCUCUGGAUAUGGGAGUGGUGACGAAGUAAAUGAGGCCCCUGCGCCCAAGAGGGCUAAAUUGUUGAGGGCGGAUUCCCUCGACAAAGCUCACAUGAACAUAGAAAGGCAGCCUGGCUCCCUUCGUGUUGCAGCAAGUACCGCCGCAUCCGUACGCAUCCACCGUCCCAUGGCCAUGAACCCAGCGGCUGCUCGAGCUCAGGCAUCUAACGACGAUCCUGUCCGCCCACCUACUCCCAUUCCCAGGGUUACCACUGCUGCCACUCGUCCCAUCCGCCCACCACUCAGCAAUCUUCGCCGUGAGUCAUCCAGUGCCAGCCAAGUCCCGUAUACCUCACCAUAUGCUCACCCUCUCGAGGCUGCUGUCACGUCGCCUGAAGAUGUUCGAUAUGGAAAUGCCAUUGAUACGCCUUUCAAUAUGCCAUCAUCUCCUCCAGUAAUGGAAAACAUGUAUCCUCAAACAUCUAGUCCCCUUCUUCCGCCUCUUCCUGAUCACGACUCGGGUUUUAUGAGCAGUAAUUUGGAUUCAACUCUCGACGAUAAUUGCAUUGGUAUCACUCUCGAUGAACAGGAUACCUCCACUGGCCAAGUGAGGGAGACACAGGCCAACCCUGAGAAGGAAAACUUAAAUUUGCCAUCUCAUAACAUUCCCCAGAUGCGUACAAACCAAAACAGUUUUCCGAUGAGUGACAGUGUAGUUGAUGCCACCACCAAUGAGCCACCUCCUGCCGUACCACCCCCACCGAGAAGACUAACUGGGUCCCGUCCUUCUUCGCGUGCUAGCAUUAGGCAAAAUUCGAAACCUCUUGCCCCUGCUCCCAUCUCCCAGAGCGAAGCAGAAAGACUCAGCCGCCAGGCAAUUCCCGCUAGCGACCCUGUGCACCCUGCACAAACCUCGCAGCAACAAACUCAGCCAUGGAAUGGCCCAAUGAGUGACUUUCCGACCGCUACCACCCCUGCUCCAAUACCUACGGAUGACCUAAAAGUACGAAGCGGAGCAGGGGCCAGAAGAACCAAACAAGUUCAAGCACGACUGGAGCAAUGCAUACGUCAAGGUACUGUUCCACCCUAUUGUGAAAAUUGUGGGGCAAUUGAAACACCUACUUGGAGACGAGCUUGGUCGAAAGUUAUCCAAGGCAGCGCUCAAGAUGCAGAUUCCUACGAAGAUGAUCCUUCCAUGCUCUUCUGGCGUCCAGAGGAAUUUGCUUCGGAUGGGAAAACUGUCAUAGCUUUCAAGCAAUUUAAAAAGUCGUUGGCAGAUCACGAUAAGGAUUUUGUUCAACUCUUACUAUGCAACCCAUGUGGCUUAUGGCUCCAUAAAUUCAAAACAAUGCGUCCGGAAAAUAAAUGGAACAAACAGCCCCCAAAGGAUAAGGGGAAACGACAAACGAGAAGAACCAAACCCCCAGCUGGCACUUCGACGAGAUCGUCUCGUAGCAAAGCCCUAGCUUCAAAGCGAAGCGAAUCAUCUCCUGGACCCACAGACGCCUCUUCACCGGCUUGUGAAGAAGCAACCACUCCUGCCGAGAACGGGAACGGUACGCCUGCAGCUAAUGUUGCAGAUGCGCCAUCCCUAUGCCGGUCUGUCAGCCGGCGGGCGAAUAGCGAAGAGCCGCCCAAGUCUGCGCAUAAACGCGAAAAUCGAUGGCGGGAGGAAGAUGCAAGAAAGGCUUUACAUCGUGCAAUUCAAUCUAGCCCAGCUCGCAACAUGGAAGGCCGAACUCUGCCCUUUAUGGAGGAGAAUCUUACACCUAAACCCGUUCGCAGGUCUCUAUUCCCUCCAUCCAAGGAUGGGGAUACCAUGAAGACCCUUACUGAUGCAUCGAUCAAUGUGAUACGAAGAAGCCCGCGGGGUUGCGUCCAAGCAAUCGAAACUGACCCCUACCAGAGAAGGCGCUACCGCACGAGUGAACGAUGGCCUUGA